UUUUUUCUCGGCAUAAGAGAGCAAGAAAAUGGAAUCUCAUGUUGUUCAUAACGCACAAAAGCCACACGUAGUUUGCGUGCCUUACCCGGCUCAAGGCCACAUCAAUCCGAUGCUGAAAGUGGCUAAACUCCUCUACGCUAAAGGCUUUCACGUCACCUUCGUUAACACUCUCUACAACCACAACCGUCUCCUCCGGUCCCGUGGUCCCAACGCGCUCGACGGGUUUCCUUCAUUCCGGUUCGAGUCCAUCCCUGACGGUCUACCGGAGACUGAUGGCGAUAGGACGCAGCAUACUCCUACCGUUUGCAUGUCCAUUGAGAAAAACUGUCUCGCUCCAUUCAAAGAGAUUCUGCGCCGGAUCAACGAUAAAGAUGAUGUUCCUCCAGUGAGUUGUAUUGUAUCGGACGGUGUGAUGAGUUUUACUCUUGACGCAGCCGAGGAACUAGGUGUCCCAGAGGUUAUUUUUUGGACCAAUAGUGCUUGUGGUUUCAUGACUAUUCUACACUUUUAUCUUUUCAUCGAGAAGGGUCUAUCUCCUUUUAAAGACGAAAGUUACAUGUCAAAGGAGCAUCUAGACACAGUUAUAGAUUGGAUACCAUCAAUGAAGAAUCUUAGGUUAAAGGACAUCCCUAGCUAUAUACGUACCACAAAUCCUGACAACAUAAUGCUUAAUUUCCUCAUUCGAGAAGUUGAGCGAUCUAAACGCGCUAGUGCUAUCAUUCUCAACACGUUUGAUGAACUCGAGCAUGAUGUUAUCCAGUCUAUGCAAUCUAUUUUACCUCCGGUUUAUUCUAUUGGGCCACUCCAUCUCCUUGUGAAGGAAGAAAUAAACGAGGCUAGUGAAAUAGGACAGAUGGGAUUAAAUUUGUGGAGAGAGGAGAUGGAAUGUUUGGAUUGGCUCGAUACAAAAACUCCAAACAGUGUUCUUUUUGUUAACUUUGGAUGCAUAACGGUGAUGAGUGCAAAACAGCUUGAAGAAUUUGCUUGGGGUUUGGCGGCAAGUAGGAAAGAGUUUUUAUGGGUGAUCCGUCCUAAUUUAGUGGUGGGAGAGGCGAUGGUGGUUCUUCCACAAGAGUUUUUAGCGGAGACGAUAGACCGGAGAAUGUUAGCUAGUUGGUGUCCUCAGGAGAAAGUUCUUUCUCAUCCCGCGAUAGGAGGGUUCUUGACGCAUUGCGGGUGGAACUCAACAUUGGAGAGUCUCGCUGGUGGUGUUCCGAUGAUAUGUUGGCCAUGUUUUUCGGAGCAACCGACGAAUUGUAAGUUUUGUUGUGACGAGUGGGGAGUGGGUAUAGAGAUUGGUAAAGAUGUGAAGAGAGAGGAGGUCGAGACGGUGGUUAGAGAACUUAUGGAUGGAGAAAAGGGGAAAAAGCUGAGAGAAAAGGCGGAAGAGUGGCGGCGGUUGGCCGAGGAAGCGACGAGGUAUAAACAUGGUUCGUCGGUCAUGAAUCUUGAGACGCUUAUACAUAAAGUUUUCUUAGAAAAUCUUAGAUGAGAAAAGUUCUAAUGCGGUAGUUAAUUACAAAUAUCAUAUGAUAGUUUUGGUGGUAGACCCUAGAGGCCUAUAGAUGUGUUACUCGUUUCUUUUAUAUAAUUAUAAUUGGUCUUUAUUUUCUGUUUGUAAUCAGUGUAAAUUGCUAUAGAAUAACUUUAGCAUAAUAACUUUUAUUUUUGUUUGUUGAUACCAAAAUAUUGUUAGA